GAUCUUGACGAUUACAACCGUUUCCCGCCAUUUUGAACUGCUUGGCACUUGGCGGAACCGUAAAGGCGCAAAGUGGCAUAUUUACAUGGAUUUGCGUCGAUUCUGUGGCAGUGCACAUUCGAAAUGCAUAUAAAACAGCUGAUAAUACAAGGUUUCCGGAGCUACAAAGAGCAAACUUGCGUGGAGCCCUUCAGCCCGCGCCAUAAUGUGAUAGUUGGUCGAAAUGGAUCGGGAAAAAGCAACUUCUUUUACGCUAUCCAAUUUGUGCUGAGCGAUGAGUUCUCCCAUCUACGCCCAGAGCAGCGGCAAGCACUUCUGCAUGAAGGCACUGGACCACGUGUGCUUAAUGCCUUCGUUGAAAUCAUAUUUGACAACAGUGACAAUCGUCUGCCAGUUGACAAGGAAGAGGUAUCGCUAAGACGUGUGAUUGGCUCCAAGAAAGACCAGUAUUUUUUAAACAAAAAGAUGGUUACAAGGACGGAUGUCAUGAACCUCUUGGAGAGCGCCGGUUUCUCACGGAGCAAUCCCUACUACAUUGUGAAACAGGGCAAGAUCAAUCAGAUGGCUACAGCGCCCGAUUCACAACGCCUGAAGCUGCUGCGAGAGGUGGCAGGCACGCGGGUGUACGAUGAGCGGCGUGAGGAGAGUAAGGUGCUGCUGCGUGAUACUGAAGGCAAGCGGUCCAAGAUUGAGGAUCUGCUCAAGUACAUUGAGGAUCGGCUACAGACGCUCGAAGAGGAGAAAGAGGAGCUCAAGGAGUACCAGAAAUGGGAUAAGAUGCGCAGGUCUCUGGAGUACACCAUUUAUGACCAUGAACUGAAGGAUACCAAAAAGAAACUGGAAGAACUGGAAACGCGGCGCGAGUCCAGCAGUUCAGUGGCCGAGAAAUUGCGUGAGAACCUGCAGAAUGCGGCUGAAAAGAUAAAGAAGCUGAGCAAAGAGCUGCGAGAGGUAAAGAGCCGAGCGCAGGCUCAUCGGGAAGAGCGAGAGGCCCUUUCACAGGAGCAGUCGUCAGCGCUGAAGGAAAAGACCCGACUGGAGCUGACCAUCAAGGACCUUCGUGAUGAGGUCGAGGGAGAUGACUCCUCCCGGAAGCGUGCCGAGCGGGAGCUGGCUCGCCUCCAGGAGACAGUGGCACAAAAGAUGUCAUUGCUUGAUGGCAUUCGUCCCCAGUACGAAGCACAGAAAAAGCGAGAGGAGGAGUGCACGAGAGAGCUGAGUCUGAAGGAACAGAAGCGCACGGAGCUGUAUGCCAAGCAGGGCCGUGGCAGCCAGUUUACAUCUAAGGCAGAACGGGACAAGUGGAUACAGAAGGAACUCAAGUCUCUGCAGAAAGCGAUUCGUGACAAACGCGACCAGGCAGACAAGCUUCAAGAGGACACGCAACGAGAUGCAAAGAACAAGGUGGUCUUGGAAAGGAAAAUUGAAGAGCUUACCCGGGAACUGGAAAAUCAUCGUGUGAGCAUCGACAGUCAAAACAAAAGUUUCUACGAGAUGAAAAAGCGGAAAGAUACACUUCAGGGUGAAAGAAAUGAACUCUGGAGACAUGAGAAUGCCUUGCAGCAGAACUUGGCAACACUGAAAGAGGAGCUGUCUAAAAAGGACCAGGGCCUGCGGUCUAUGACUGGCAAGGCAACCUUGAAUGGCCGAGACAGUGUGCGGAAGGUACUGCAAACUUUUCGUGAGAAAGGUGGCAGUUACGAGCAUGUUGCCAACAGCUACUAUGGAAUGCUGAUUGAAAACUUUGAUUGUGAGAAGACCAUCUAUACUGCUGUCGAAGUGACCUCUGGAAACAAGUUGUUUUAUCAUAUAGUGGAGAGUGAUCGUAUUGGGACGAAGAUACUGCAGGAGAUGAACCGUCAACAGCUUCCAGGCGAGGUCACCUUCAUGCCUCUAAACCGGCUGAUGUACAAGGAUGUUGACUACCCCAAUAGCAAUGAUGCCAUUCCUAUGAUUAGUAAGCUCAACUUUGAUCCUAAGUUCGAGAGUGCUAUGAAGUACAUAUAUGGCAAGACACUCAUAUGCCGUAACCUGGAAGUAGCAACUCAAAUUGCACGGACAUCAAACCUGGAUUGCAUCACUUUGGACGGGGACCAAGUGUCGCACAAGGGUGCCCUUACCGGAGGCUACUUUGACACCCGACGAUCACGGCUUGACCUGCACAAGGCACACAUGCAGCUCAUGAAGGAGAUUACUGAAGUUGAGAAGCAACUGGCCGAGCAUAAGCAGAAACUGGCUGAUACUGAAAGCCAGAUCAACCAAGUUGUCAGUGACAUGCAGAAAGCCGAGACAAAGAACAGCAAAAACAAGGACGUGUUUGACAAACUUAAGGCCGACAUUCGUCUCAUGAAAGAAGAACUCACAGCUUUGGAACGUUCUAAACAGCCAAAGGAGCGCAGCCUGGCCAGCCUCGACUCAAGCCUGAAGUCAAUGGAGUCAACCGAGCAGUCUCUCCGUUCAGAGUUGCAGCAAGACCUCCUGACGCAGCUUUCAGUCGCUGACCAGCAAGAGGUGGACCGGCUGAAUGAUGAAAUUCGUCGUCUCACCCAGGAGAACAAGGAGGCUUUCAGCGAGCGCAUGCGGCUCGAGGCCGAGAAAAACAAGCUCGAGAACCUGCUGAACAACAAUUUAUAUCGGAGGAAAGAAGAAUUGGAAGCUGCAUUGCAAGAAAUUUCAGUAGAAGACAGGCGGCGCAAACUGGAAAACAGCCAAGCAGAAUUGGGAAGUGUGAAUGCACGUAUCACUGAUGUCAACACUAAUUUAAAAGCACUAGAAAAGCAGGUGGAGGCUAACACCAAGGAACAGAAGGACCUGCAGUCUCAGCUAGAGCACUGGAAAAGCCAGGAACGCGAUUGGCAAGAGCGGAUCAAUGAUGACGCCAAAGACCUCGAGAAAAUGACGAGCCGCCAGUCAGUGCUGCUCAAGAAAAAAGAAGAGUGCAUGCGGAAGAUCCGAGAACUCGGUUCACUGCCUGCAGAUGCAUUUGAGAAGUAUCAGAAUCUAAGCCUAAAACAGUUGUUCAAGAAACUUGAGCAAUGUAACCAUGAGCUGAAGAAGUACAGCCACGUAAACAAGAAGGCCUUGGACCAGUUCAUCAAUUUUUCUGACCAGAAGGAAAAGUUGGCAAAGCGCAAGGAAGAGCUUGACCGUGGACACAGUUCCAUCCAGGAGCUGAUGAAUGCCCUGGAGAUGCGCAAGUAUGAAGCCAUUCAGCUGACCUUCAAGCAGGUGUCGAAGUUCUUCAGUGAGGUGUUUAAGAAGCUUGUUCCCCAAGGACAUGCCACGCUCAUGAUGAAGACUGACACUGAGGAUGGUACUGCUCAGGAGGGCCAGACUCCAUCAGUGGACCACUUCUCUGGUGUCGGAAUCAGGGUAUCAUUUGUGGGCAAGUCAAGCGAGAUGAAGGAAAUGCAGCAGCUGUCAGGUGGCCAGAAGUCACUGGUUGCAUUGGCACUCAUCUUUGCAAUCCAGAAGUGUGACCCAGCACCCUUUUACCUUUUCGACGAGAUUGACCAGGCGCUUGAUUCACAGCAUCGCAAAGCAGUUGCAGACAUGAUUCAUGAACUCUGCAGUGGGGCACAGUUCAUCACUACAACCUUUCGUCCGGAGUUGCUGGAGAAGGCAGACAAAUUUUAUGGUGUCAAGUUCCGCAACAAGGUGAGCCACAUUGAAGCUGUGACGAAGGAAGAGGCUCGGGACUUUGUCGAAGACGACACAACGCACGGCUAAUCCACGCAUCUUGGUGCUUUCGACACGCACUAAAUUA